AUGGGAAGCUACCAGAACACUAAUUAUGAUCCAGAAGAAACUGCCGGCUUAUUAUCUAGCCCUGGACCGGAACAAAGAAAGGCAAGGAGGAAUUUGAUAUUAGUGUUUCUUGGCGCAGUUUUUAUUUCUCUCAUAGCGAUAGGAGUCAUCGCAGUAUGGACUGAAGUAAGCUAUGGAUUACCGACAAAGCGGAAUGUAAUAUUAAUGAUUUCGGAUGGUUUCGGACCCGCAUCAGAAACAUUCGCUCGCGAUUAUUAUCAGUAUGUCAACGAUUUGCCGUACAACUAUGUUACCCCGUUGGACAAAAUACUCGUUGGUUCGUCUAGGACCAGAUCUUCUAAUAGUCUGGUCACCGAUUCUGCCGCCGUGAAUCCCGAAGGAUCUCCAUGUGGCACUAUCCUUGAAGCGGCAAAAGAAAUUGGAAUGGUAACGGGACUGGUGGUAACAAGUAGAAUCACUCAUGCAACGCCAGCUUCAUUUUCUGCUCAUGUCGUUUCGAGAAACUUGGAAUACAAUAUUGCCACGCAACAGAUUGGGGAUUAUCCUUUGGGAAGAAAUGUCGAUUUAAUGUUUGGCGGUGGAAGAUGUUAUUUCUUGCCGAAUUCUAGUGAGGGCAGCUGUAGACCUGAUACGAGAGACGUGUUGUCAGAAGCCAAGAAGCUCGGGUUUCAUUACCUAUCCACUCGUGAAGAAUUCGAUAAACUCGAAACCAACUCGCAAAGGUAG